GGCGACACCCCCAUCAUGAAGACCAAGAAGUGGGCGGUGGAGCGCACCCGCACCAUCCAGGGCCUCGUCGACUUCAUCAAGAAGUUCCUCAAGCUGAUGGCCUCCGAGCAGCUGUUUAUAUACGUGAAUCAGUCUUUUGCUCCAUCCCCAGACCAGGAAGUUGGGACCCUCUAUGAGUGUUUUGGAAGUGAUGGCAAGCUUGUACUGCACUAUUGCAAAAGCCAGGCAUGGGGAUGAAUGACAAGUAAUACAGCUGUUUAGGUAUGAUCUUCAGAAAUGGAAAAGGGAUUAGCCUUCAGAAACUCUGCCUAUAAACACAGAGAAAGAAGGAUUCUUUUAAUGUUUCUGCCUAUGACUGUACACUUAUAAAAAAUGACGAAGAUGAAUAGUGUUAAAGGAGAACUACCUAGGCUAUCCAAUCAUGUAACUUUCUUCCAGUGCCAUCUGGGAUACAGAAAUCUGCAUGUGCCAUCUGUAGAAUAGAGCCAGCUCUUGCUGGUGAGCUCCCAGUUGCUGUAUUUGAAGGGAAACUGUUUAAUGUCUUGAGGACUGGACCGCUCUCUGUCAUUCGAUGUGCUGUACUGAAGACAGAGCUGCUUCUUAUUAAAAGAGAUAUUUAUUGCA